GGAAACUCAACCGGCGUGGAAGUUAGUAGGCGACUCGUUUCUGUCAAACACGCGCUCACCCCCUUCAUGACAGUUUGAAAAUCCACGAUAUCAUAAGUUAACUUCAACAAGUUUUUUCAUCGUGCCACCAAAACUUGAUUAUCCGGACGAAUGUAAAAAAAUUGGUGCAAGGAUUCUGAAGGUGCGGUGAAAUAUUUUGGUGAUUAUUUUUUGAGUUUUUUCACUAUCAAAAGAACGUGAGAAUUGUAAUGUGGAAAGAAUAACUGCUGCAAAAAUAUAAUUCCGAAAGAUGUGGCAACCGGAGUUUCGCAGCAUCCUAGCGGCGACAAUUUUCUUCAGUAACACAGGUCUGCUGUUGGUAAAUGGCGGGAUGGCGUCUUCAGCUUCGGGUUUCAACUCACUACCGGAGAGCGAAACCCUUCCUCCUCUACCUAUGGGACCACCUGUAAUUCCUCACAAUCGCUUCGAGCCCUAUUUCGAUGCAAUGACGCCGAGCAAUGUAACAGCCCUUGUUGGGAAAUCAGCUUAUCUCAGUUGCCGAGUUAGAAAUUUAGGAAAUAAAACGGUAUCAUGGAUAAGGCAUAGAGAUAUUCACAUCCUUACGGUUGGCAGUUACACUUAUACGAGUGACCAACGAUUCCAGGCUAAUCAUCACCCAGAAACUGAAGAUUGGACACUUCAAGUUAAAUGGGCUCAAAAGAGAGACGCUGGGACUUAUGAGUGUCAAAUAAGCACUCAGCCGGUCAAAAGUUACUUUGUUAAUCUCAAUGUCGUCGAUGAUUUAGUUGGCGAUGAACCAGCGAAAGAUGAAAGUACAGAAAAUCUCUUAAGCCUAAGAAGCCGAACAGAAUAUUACAAAAUGCCCACGGCUCAAAUAUUGGGUGGCCCCGACCUGCAUGUUGACAAAGGCAGUACCAUCAAUUUGACGUGCUCCAUUCGAUUCAGUCCAGAACCACCAGCUUACAUUUUUUGGUACCACCAUGACGAUGUCAUCAGCUACGACUCCAGUCGUGGCGGUGUUAGCGUUAUAACCGAGAAAGGCGACGUGACAACUAGUUUCCUGCUGAUCCAACACGCUGACAUAUCGGACUCCGGAAAAUAUUCCUGUAGUCCUUCGAACGCAGAUGUCGCAAGUGUGAGAGUACAUGUCCUAAACGGUGAGAGGCCUGCAGCGAUGCAAACUGGCUCGGCGGGGUUGUCCAAUAGCUCAUUCAACAUUUUAGCUUUGAUUAUAAUAUCAUAUUUGUACACGUCUUGCUACUUCAGCAACUUUGACCCAAAACAAAUAGAAUCAUUGGACAGCAUUGAGUAAGGAAGUGACGGUAUACUCUGGUGACGAAAUGUGAUAAUGUGAUUUGUUGUUCAUUAGAAGAAAAUGGACUUUAUUUGUAACAUAAAUGUAUAAAAAUAAUACAAACUUAUCCCUUUGUGUUGUUAAAUACGAAAAUAUAAGACUUUUCGGAAAAUAUUUAAACACAGGGAAGUUAUAUUGUUGGUAAUUAGGUAAUUAUUAAACGUAGUACUAUUUUCUAUUUUAUAAACAGUACCAGGAUAAUAUAUAAAAAAACUUAUUUCGAAAACGUUAGGAUAAUUUAUAGUUAUAAGAACGUUGAUUUUUCCAACAAUCCUUCAGGAGCUUUUAAUUUUUUUUUUAUUUAUUGAAUUUGUUGAAGAGAAAACGAUUCAAGCAUAUUUCAUUUAAUGGUAAGAAUUGUUUCCAGCAAUUAAAAUAUUGGUACUGGUUAUUUUUACUGUGUAAAAAAAUGUAAAUACAUAAAUGUUAAGAAUUUUGUGUAUAGUAUUUACAUAUAUUUAAUUUAUUCACUAAUUACUUGCAGCAUGUCACCACAAACCAAUUACUGUAUAUAAAAUUUAUUGGGCAUGAAUAUUAGUAAAGCUGUAAGUAAUUUGUUUAUUGGAAACUUUAAAGUGUGUCUAUAUUUUAUGGACUUUAAUCUUCUGAAGCUGAGGAAGUAAUUUUUAUGUCUUCAUUAAAAAAACAUUCUAGAAUGAGCCGAUAAUUUUGAUUUUAAUAAAACUCAGAAAAGAAGAGACAUGUUUAUCAGUAUUGUGGACAUAAAAAUUAAUUAAAUGUUUGUUAAUUCAUUGUAAUAUCAAAAUAGUAUGACACUGAGAUUCAAUUUUAAAUGAGUUAUUCCACUAAAUGUAUCCAAAAAGUAUGUAAUUUAUCGAUGAUUCUCAAUUUAAAAUGUGUAGCAU